UACGUAUUCUAGUUUUCUUAAAAUAUUUGUCUUAAGGCAGUUGCAAUAUUGCAACAUCAGUUCAGGGCGGAGGACUUUUAUUUUGAAGUGCGUGCAGUGGCAGGUUGAUCAGUCUCCCUGCCUCACAGGCUCGCUGACGGAUCAGGACCUUAUUAAGGAUGGCUGAACUACCUCGGUCAUGUGACUGUUUUGUAUCUCUGCCUCCUGGUUCAAAAGAAGAUCAUGUGAUAUUUGGUAAGAACUCUGACCGUCCGAGAGAUGAGGUGCAGGAGGUGGUGUAUUACCCUGCGUCCUCACACCCUGCUGGGUCUACAGUGGAGUGCACAUACAUUUCCAUCCCUCAAGCAGAGCAUACUCAUGCAGUAGUAUUGAGUAGACCCGCUUGGCUCUGGGGGGCUGAGAUGGGGGCCAAUGAACACGGGGUUUGUAUUGGGAAUGAGGCGGUCUGGACCAAAGAGCCUGUGAAUCCAGAGGAUGCUUUGCUGGGAAUGGACCUGGUUCGGUUGGGUCUGGAGCGUGGGGACACUGCGUGGUCCGCUCUGAAUGUCAUCACAGCACUACUGGAGCAGCAUGGUCAGGGCGGAGCCUGCAGGGAGACCACCGAACCCUUUAGUUACCAUAACACCUUCUUACUGGUGGACCGACAGGAAGCCUGGGUCCUAGAGACUGCUGGAAAACUGUGGGCUGCUCAAAAGAUCACAGAGGGAGUCAAGAACAUUUCAAAUCAGCUCACUAUAAGCACAGAGAUCUCAGCGGAGCAUCCCGAGCUACGCAGCGUUGCCCAGACUCAGGGCUGGUGGAGUGGGGAGGGAGAAUUCAGCUUCACCGCUGCUUUCAGCCCUGAUAAUCCUCCUGUUAGGAUGGAGCUGGCCAAGCAGCGCUACAAGGGUGGGACAGCAUUACUCCAGCAACAUGACGGCUCUGUGACAGCGGAGGUGAUGAUGAGCAUCUUGAGGGACAAAGCCAGCGGGAUCUGUAUGGACUCAGAGGGCUUCCGUACCACAGGCAGCAUGGUGUCCAUUCUCCCACGAAAUCCAGAUGUGCCCUGCGUCCACUUCUUUACUGCAACCCCUGACCCCUCCAGGUCUAUAUUCAAACCUUUUAUCUUUUCUGAGAGCAUGAGGCCGGUCAACACGGUGAUAUCUCCGCAGUACGGCCCAGAUGAUCCUGUUAGGACACAGCCUCGAUUUCAGCACCAGGUGGAUCGCAAACAUGAGCUCUACAAAGCCCACCAGACAGCAUUGACCAAUCCUGAUGCUGCAGUCUCUCUACAACAGACCAUGAGAUAUUUGGAGUCUCAGUGUCUUGAGGAGAUCGAGGCCAUGCUUAGGGGAGAUAUAAAGGGCCAGGAACUUGGUGACCUGUUUUUCGACUGUGUGGACGCAGAGAUCAAAUUCUACCAGUGAGACCCAGCAGUUCUCGUUGUGAAUGUAACUAGUGCUUGCUGAUCUGCCUGAAGAGAGACAAAAUGAGAGAGUCCAGAGUCCUGCUCUCCUAGUUCCCCUGAUGCCAUGCCAAACUAACUCUGAUGUCCAUGCCACAUUAACUGUAACUGUUAAAACCAUACAUUAAAACACAUUAGAUGUUUAUGUGAGUGGAUCACCAUAAUCAUGUUUAAUUGUCGCACAGGGCGGUCGUGUAUGCAUCACAUUUAACAGUUUGUGAUAGAUUACUAAGGUGUGUGUAGAUGUGAAAGAGAAGACAAACUGUUAAGAGAAGGAUUCAGCUAACAGACUGAGGAGAUAAACAAUAAAAUGAUGAUGAUUCAA